AUAUAGAGAUAUUGGUUUGGCAACACUUUAAAAGUUUGACAUGGCAAACUGUACACAUCCCGAUAUUGCCACGCCAAUAUAGAAUCUAGCUAGAUUCUAGAUCUAGAAAAAUCAAGGUCCAUUAAUAAAAUGGCGAAACUCAAGACCAGGAGUAGUUCUAAAUACCUUAUAUUUGGACUGCAUGUCCUUAUAUUUAUUAUUGAUUUGUUCUCUACAUAUUAUGAUAUUUUUAAUGUAGACAUAGGACAAAAAGGAUUCAAAUCUAAAUUUAUGUUUUUGACUGUUUGGAAUAUCUUUGUUGUUUUACUAUUCUGGGGAUUGUAUUCCAUUGAUAGAGAGCUAGUGUAUCCAAAAGCUUUGGACGACAUUAUUCCAUCAUGGCUAAACCAUCUUUUAAAACCUUCUCUGGAGUAUUCUCAUCAACUCCCCAAAGAGCAAGGCACUCAGAUGAACAGCAUCCAAGUUUUCUUUUAUAACAUACUGUAUAUAGAGAAAAAUCACACCUCUCAGGGCGCCGCCCUCGCAAAAUUAAAAGAAGGUGCUGUAACCAACAAAAUUACCAUGGCAGAAUCUUGCUCCUCUGCGAAAACUGCAGAAGAGGAUUGGCUGAAGGCAUUCAG